UUUCCCACUCAGGCGCCAGCCAGCCGUCAUCCAUCAUGAACAGUGACGUCACGGAUCGGGAUUGGCCUUCGUCUCGUCACGUGGUUAGUUAAUUCCUCUCUGUGGGCGUUUACGGCGCUCCGAGUAAGAGAGACGAACAUAUAGUAGGGGAUUGGAAAAAAGAACUCCAAUGUAAUACCUAGUAUGUUAUAAGUCCCCACCGUAAACUCCGGCGAAAUUUAUAGAGCUUUUACCGAAGAGCUCAGAAAAAUUAAUGAUCAUGAGUUCGUUUUUAAUGAACCCCGUUUCUGGAGCUUUGCCGUCGAGUUAUCAGCAAGCUCAGCAUAUAUCAGGUGGUGUUGUUGUCGAUCCGAAAUUUCCGCCUAGUGAAGAGUAUAGUCAGAACAGUUAUAUACCCUCUCCGACCGAGAAUUUUUUCGGGAACCAUCAUUUGAAUCAGCCUCAGCAUCACCUGCAAUAUGGCUACCACAAUCAUCACCAAACUACGUCGUACGGAUCAGGAGGCAUGCCUUUGUCUGGAACGGGAUACGGUAGUUACGGUAAUUAUUAUCAUCAUCAACUGCAUCAUGCACCCCCUAUACAUUCGCACCAGAUUCGACCGCCUAUACUGCACGAGAAUCAACAGAACCUUGUCAAUUGCGGAUCGAUAUCAAACAAUCACAACCAAUCCUCGGUUGGCAAUUCCUCGAACAUUUUACAAAGUAUUUCGGACAUUUCGACUAAUGUUUCGCAACCCAGUGAUGUGAACUCUAGUGUGUGUAGUCCUGCUUCCGUGGGCCAUGGACAAGAAUCGAGGGGAUCGCCCCCCGGACACUCGUUGCAGGAAUUAGGACUCAGAUUAGAGGAUAAUGUGUCUGAUGAACCUGACGAUAUAGACGAUCAGGGUAGUUCUACAAACAAUGACGAAGAAGAGGAUGAUGAUGCGGAUGGUGAUAGGCAGAUUUACCCCUGGAUGAAGAAAGUUCACGUUGCAGGAGCAUGUAAGUACCUGAGUUUGGUUUUUGAAUUGGCAGAUACGAAAUUAAAGAACAAAUAUUUGUUGUAUCUUAAGGAAGCCAAAAAAUAUAUAUUACUUAUUAAUAAUAUAUUGAGGACUACUAUUCCUAUUAAUUUACAAUUUACCUAUCAUGAAUUCUUCACCCGCUUUGACGUCUUUUUGUUAUUAAAUACCUAG